AUGCCGCCGAAGCGUAAGAAGAGCGCCUCACGGGGCAAAAAGAAGAGGCCGAAGGUGUUUGUAGACCCGGACGAGGAGUAUCGCCGCGCCCUGGACGAAAGAUACUACCUCCCCAAGCUCACCCGCGCCGCCAUCAACCAGGGCUACCUGCAGCGGAUUCUGCUCGCGAUCAAGUCCUUUACGUUGGCGCAGCCGCCGCUGGAGCUGGAGACGCUGGACUCCCGCGAGGAGGAGGUGAACAGGGAGAUCGCGACGCGCGUGCCCCUGCAGGUGCUGCCGGACAUUGUGCGCUCGCUGGGGCUCAAUCCCGGCGAGGAACAGAUGCGUCAGAUUGGGUGGCUCGUCCUGUACCACGGCGAGUCUCCGCGGCGGCCGCCGUCAGAGGCGGGGGACGCAGGCACCGCGGUGCCCCCGCCAGAAGCCGCGCCGCAGGAGCCGCACGCGGAGGCGAAGGAGCAGGUCGAAGUGACGCUAGAAGAGAUGCUGGACCACCCUCUCGAGGAAACGGUGGCGUCGGCCGCCGGGCGAGGCAAGAAGCUGAUGGCGGAUCGUGGCAAGCUUGAGGCGGUGCUGCUGGAUAUCAUGUGCACGGGGCUGCUUGUUUUUGACCCGGCGGGCAUGCAGGGCGAGGCGGCUGCGCCCGCACAUGAGCGCGUCGUCUCCGUCGUGGACCGUAGCGACCCGGAGGUGGUGGACAACGUGUUUGACGUGCUUUGGGCUGCCUCGCUUCGCCACAGGUGUGAAGACGGGGCGCGCUGCAUCUACGUCAGCGACCUGGAGCAUCUGCUAACUGCCGUCCAAGAGGCCGCGGCAAUCGGCGAGUUGCCCCUGACGCCGGAGGAGCUGGAGGCGUUUUUCUUCUUCGUUAGUGAGACCGGGUGUGACACGGUGCGCGAGGACACCUUUGCGUUGAUGGCGCUGUGA